UCCAGGAAAAACGCGGAUCCGGAGGCCGCGGUGUGCCGCACGUCGCGCUGAUUGCUGUUGUCGUCGGUGUUAUUAGUUUUCGGGAUUUAUAUAUUGUUUUUGUGCCGCGAAAAACUUUCGCCCGCGGGGAUUUCCCCCGAACCUGAGGUCGACGAUCCGUUUGUUUUUUUUUUUGUUGUCGUUGCUGUGAAUUUUCGUCAGUUAAUUAGCAUGCAGUGAACCGCACCGAAGACACGAUGCACCAUCAGAACUACGCGACGAAGGAGAGCGUCGUCGGCGCCGCGACGCUGGAACCAAUUUACCAAUCGCAGUUCUGGUAUCCGUGCGAAACGAACCAGUACAAUCCGAACGUCACGCCCAUGAAACAGAUCGAAGCCUGCCUCCAGAUCGCGGGGAAGGACCGAAAGGCGUACUCCCCGUUGGAUCAGGCCGACGCUCUGUCACUCGACGUCGAACAGGAACGGGAGAACAACAAUCGGGUCAACGCCCACAACAAAAAUCACAACAGCGGAGGGGUUUCCCCGGCCCUGACCAACGCCGGCGCCAUCCUGGAGAUGAAGCAGCUGUGGGACGAGUUCCACUCGCUGGGCACCGAGAUGAUCGUGACGAAAGCGGGGCGCAGGAUGUUCCCCACGUUCCAGGUGAAGUUGUGCGGCCUCGACUUGAAUUCGGAGUACAUGCUGAUGAUGGACUUCGUGCCGGUCGACGACAAACGUUACAGAUACGCUUUUCACAGUUCCAGUUGGGUGGUGGCGGGCAAGGCGGACCCCAUUUCGCCGCCCAGGAUCCACGUGCAUCCCGACAGUCCGGCCACCGGAUCUCAGUGGAUGAAGCAGACGGUUUCCUUUGACAAGUUGAAGCUCACCAACAACCAGUUGGACGACAACGGACACAUCAUCCUCAAUUCGAUGCACAGGUACCAGCCCAGAUUCCACGUCGUUUAUCUGCCACCAAAGGGGAGCGUACAGGAUGAGAACUACGAGGAGAAGUUCAGGACGUUCGUGUUCCCUGAGACUGCCUUCACGGCAGUUACUGCCUACCAAAAUCACAGGAUUACCCAGUUGAAAAUAGCCAGCAAUCCUUUCGCCAAAGGUUUCAGAGACUGUGAUCCAGAUGAUAGCUCGUCGGAGGCGAUUAACCAGACGUCUUCGAGCCAGCGUCCCAGAACGACGUCCAGAUCGACGCCGAAUAACUGCACCAAAGACGAGGAAACGUUGGACACGUCGCACCAUUCCGACAUCUACGCCAACCGGUACCAGAACCACCAGCCCAACGCGUCGUUGCUGCCCUCCAACAUAGUGGGCACGGGGCUGGGACCCAUAGGACAACCCUAUUCGGGUGAAAUAUGCAAUUACGGUCCCAUGUAUCACUCGCACAAUCUCUUGCACAAUUACAACGCCGUUUACGGCGGCGAGAAGAUAAGGAGUCCGAAUUUCGGACGCGUGUACGGGAAUUAUCCGCCGUUUUACGGGAACAAUCCCAAUUUCAGGAACUCGUACGAUUUCACACCUAGAUAAGUAUUUUUUUUAUUGUAUCGUAUUUUAUAGGAAGAUUAGAUGUGCCUUGAACGUACCAAAGAUAUAUUUUAUUAGACGUGUAUUUGUAAAGAUAUUAUUAUAUUUAUUUCGGUGUUUUGUAAAUAAACGUUUUAUUCCACA